CCCCGGAGACCGUGAUGUGGCAGGCGGGCGGGUGGGCGCCCCUGCUCCUGUGCCUGAUGCUCAGCGCCCCAGGAAGACCCCGUCUAGUCCCACCCCAGAACGUGAUGCUGCUCUCUCAGAACUUUACCGUGUACCUGACGUGGCUCCCAGGGUUUGGCAGUCCCCGGAACGUGACCUAUUUCGUGUCCUAUCAAGGCACUCCUAACCCCCGACGUUGGCGAAAAGUGGAGCAGUGUGCAGGAACCAGGACUCUGAUGUGUCCCAUGAUGUGCCUGAAGAAACAGGACCUGUACAACAAAUUCAAAGGGCGUGUGCAGGCUGCUUCUGCAGGUGUCAGGUCUGACCAUGUAGAGUCCAACUACCUAGAGUACCUUUUUGAAGUGGAGCCAGCCCCGCCUACCCUCAUGCUCACCAGAACCAAGAGCAUCCUGAAGGUUAAUGCCACCUACCAGCUGCCCCCUUGUAUACCCUCACUGGACCUGAAGUACGAGGUGGAAUUCUGGAAAGAGAGCACUGGAAGCAAGAUCCUCUUUCCUGCCACUCCACACGGCCAGCCAAUACAGAUCCCACUCCAGCCAGGUGCCAGCGGACGCCACUGCCUCAGCGCCAGAACCAUCUAUACCUUCAUUGCCCUCAAGUACAGCCACUUCUCUGAGCCCAGCUGCAUUUUCCUGGAAACCCCAGGGGCCAGCUGGGCUUUCCUGGUGCUACCCUCACUCCUGCCUCUGCUGUUGGCAGCUGCCACAGGGGGUGUGAUCUGGAAGAAGAUUGAGAGAAACCCCUGGUUUCAGCAGGUGAAGAGGUCUCGAGCACUGGACUUCUCUGGGUACAGAGACCCAUUGGCAUACUUUCAACCUAGUGAACCAGAGUCUCCAGAUGAGCUAUUCCUCUGUCCCCAAAAGGAACUGACCAUAAGGAUCAGGCCAGGCUCUCGAGUCAGGGGCCCAGGCACCUUACAGGCAGGAUCAGAAAAGAACAGCACUGGGGAUGAAGAUGAAGACACAGAUGACAGUGACAGCUUCCAGCCCUACCUGGAACGGCCUCUCUUCCUGAGAAAGGAGCUCCAGGUUACGGGACGUUCUGAGGCAGAUGAAUCUGGAGUGGAUUCAGGGAGGUCCUGGACACCUCCAAUUGGGAGUGAAGGCUCUUCUGCCUGGGACCCUUCAGACAGGAGCUGGCCCAGCACUGUGGACUCCUCACUUGGCAGUAUGGCUAGGUCCUCCAGCUAUUUGGACAAGGAGUUGGACCAAGGGCUUGGUAGAGAUGGGCAUCAGGAGGCUCUCCCACACCUGGAAUUCUCUGAGGAGUUGGGCUCCUCAGAAGAGCUUCCGAAGGAUGACCUCUCCCAUUGGGCCACUUGGGCUUCCUCAUCCCUGAAGCAAGAUCUGGUCCCUGGGGAACUCCCAGUUUCUCUUCACACACUAACUCUCUGCUGGCACAGUAACUCUGAGGAGGAAGAAGAAGAGGAGGAAGAAGAGGAGGAAGAAGAGGCAGAGAAUGAAGAAGGUCAUUGGGGAUCAGAACUCAAGGACAGCAGUGCCAGCUGCUGGGGGGCUGUGAGUCUGCAGAGGACAGAGGUUAGGGGUGAGAUGCUAGGACAUUACAUGGCCAGGUGACCUGGUCCCUAGUGGCCCAUCCACCCUGGUGUUGCUGUCACUAUAGCACUUCCCAAGGACCAUAGACAACACUGAGAGUCAAGAGCUAUGCCCCUCCCUGAGAUGAUCCCUUUGAUGAUCAGCGUUCUUGCAGCUCUUCGGGGACCCAGGCAGAGGCUCUUUGUCAUUUGGGUUGAGCUGUGAGGUGUCACCAACUGCCUAUGACCCACCUGCUUUAGAUGGCCUUUGAGAGGGAUGGGGAUGAGGACAGGAUGCAGUCAAACUGGUUGGGUGUCAGGAUGCCUGUUGUCCCAGGGAUGAUAGACCUGGUGGAAAAGCAUCCACCAGCUGAGGUCAUGUGGCUGUGGACAACAAGGGGUGAUACUCCCUGGUUCCCAAAACACACAUAGCAUUGGACAGUUCUUGAUAUGACACAGCCCUGGGUUCAAAUCAGCUCUGCCGUUUACCAGUGGUGACCUGAGUAAGCUACUCUCAUUCUCUGCCUCAGUUUCCUCUUGUGCAACUGUCACGUGGAUGUAGUGAGGGUUUAGGGAGCUCUCAAAUGUGUAUGGCACAGGACCACCUGUGUCACUGGUGCUAUGAGCUGGCUGGCAGAAUCCUCCAUCCAAACUCCUGAGAGACUCCUAGGCAUCUCCUAUCAGAAUCCCCUAAGCCCAGAUCCACAGGAGCACCUACCUUCCAACAUGUCUCCCCUUUAGGCCACUCCCUCACUGCCCCCAUACCUCCUGGUCAGGGGCUCUCAGAAGCCACAGCCCGGUCAGCUUUGCUUUCCUCUCACACACAGCCCAUUUUCCAGGGGCCAGAUCUGAAAGGCAGCCACAGGGCAGAUACUGCACUCCUGGCCCAGGUUCCCUUUUGGACACUUUAACUGGGAGAAUUUCAAUCCAUUAUGCAAAAAAAAACCUCACAGCCACUUUACCCAUGGUAAUUGGGGGGGCGGGGGUUAAAGCAGGCAUAAGGGAAGAGCCUCACAGAUCACACCUAAGGGCACUGUUUAAGGGCAUCUGAUCCAGGGCUUCUCCAACCCAUUCUCAAGUUGUAGGUGUGGGGGCCUAGAGUUCUCACUUUCAAUCAGAGCAACCUCACUGUGCUGGUCUGCAUACUGUGGCUUGAUACAGAAUGUGUGUUAGGGGGUUUCACAGCUAGACAAGUUAGCAAAGCACUGUUUUCAUUGAACACCUGUCUUGUUUCAUACCAAGAGCCUGAGGUCCAGCCUGGUAAGGAUCUUGCUCAGGUCACCCAGCAAGGCUGCCCUAAUGACUUAAUAUGUGUGCCCCCCAAGGGUGAAAUCUUUUGUCUCUGUUCAGCCAGGCCAACCCCUGACCCCUUGGCCAUGCCACCAAGGUACUUAAAUCUCAACCGGGUUUUCAAAGAGUCAUCAAGCUGGUGGAAGGAGACCUUUGCUACCCAUGCUGGAACAUACAUGCACACUCAUGUGUGCAUGCACACUUGCAUCUCCCUAUGAGUUUCCUGUAGGUGAGGCUUAUCCACAUCACUGACCCCAAAGAAGGAACAAACAAGCAAGCUCAAGGAAGGCUGUAGCUGAGGCCCAGCUCCUGGAAGUGCCCUGACCAUGGUUGACAUCCUUUCUGAGACCCAGCUGAGUUACUUCACAAAUUCUCUGACACCAUCAUCAGCACAAUGUUAUCUUGGUCUUCCAUGAACUAUGUGCUUGCUUUCUGAUUUUCUACCUUCUUCCUGUUUAAAUGAACAUUUUUCAAAGUUUACUUUCUGAUCCAACCUGAGCCCAUUAGUAAUUCUAAAUUCCAGCUUCUUUCCGUCAUUAGGUUGUUAACAAAAAACUGUGGAAGCCCACGGAAAGGACCCGAGAAUCCACACCAGCGUUCUUGGUGUGCACUCAACACUUAACCAUUUACACAGCCCUGUGCAUGGCCUCUGGGAACUGUGGUGUAGACAGGGCCAAACUUGAAGGAUGUCAAGGUCAAAGUGAGCCAAGCCUCACUUCGGCUGCAGUGAUGUGCAAUUCUUCAGCAUAUGUAGCCAUUUUUCAGCUUAUGAACCAUUUUUGCUUAUUUGUAUUUAUGUCUAAUUUUGCACUGUGUUUUAUAUCAUAUUUAAAUAAUACUAUAAUGUCUGUUGGUAUAUUACCCCAAA